ACAAGUUUACGCGCGAAACCAUUUCUGGACAAAGUCCUGACGCCACUAGGCGGUUGGCACGUGCUGGGGAACUGGGACGUCGCCAAGUUCAACUUCCACCAGCAGCUCAAGGUCGUCCACAUCGACUUCAUGGUGGACGCCUUCUUCACGUACAUCCUGAACGUCAACUCACUCGACUGGAACCAGAGGGUCGUCGAGUUUACUUACGGUGGAAUUGGAUUGCAAUAUAUGAUUUAUACCAAUGAAAAUUAUAGACAGUUUGUGGACGCCUACAAAGUUUACAUGCGGGCGGUGGCGGAGAAGAUGGUGGCAGACGCCAAAAACCUCAACAUGGUGGUGGGGAACGACACGGAUGUGGCCGUUAGGGUCGAGGAGUUCCUGAGUGACGCCUUUGAGGUGGAGCUUCUGGUUGCCAAGACCAUCCCAUACACGACCAAACAAAACGAGCCCCACAACGAGGAGAACAGGCUGACACUCGCUCAACUGACCGAACUUUUUGACAACCAGCUGGAUUUCGUGGACUACCUCAAGACCCUGUUCAACGACAUACCGGAACGGUUCAAGGAUACCACGACGGUCGCCGUUCUACUGAAGGACUAUUUUCACAAGCUGGGCCCGAAGAUUUCAGAUCUCCUGCAGACUGAUGUGGGGAAAAGAAAAAUCCACAACUACCUGGUCUGGCAGCUGAUGGACUUUUUCGCAGGUGAGCUGAGCUGGGACUACACGCACGUCAAGCAAAAUCUGGAGUCUUUCAUCAACAACAAGGUGGACGAGAAGACCGACCUGAACAGGUGUUUUACAAAGGCCAGGCAGACUAUGGCUGACGCCAUCAACGCUGAGUAUGUCAAAUAUUUCAUCAAACAAGAGAACAAGGUCGAGGCGACAGAAAUAAUUGGACGCAUAAAAGAUGAGUUGGUCAAUGAGUUAAGAAAUGUCCAAUGGAUGACCGCUGAGACAAAAAAUCUGGCUAUCGAAAAGAUACAGGGUAGUCUAUACAAAAUUGGACACGCUGAGUACUUGAUCAAUGACACUUACAUAGACAACUUGUACGCAAAGAUUAACAUAACGGAUAAAGACCACUUUGGCAACAUACUAAACAUGAACCAAUGGACGCGCAUCAGAAUGAACGAGUUGAUGAAAAAACCGGACGCCAGAACGACGUGGGCGUAUCCCGUCUAUCAACCCGCUGUUGAGUACUUCAACCCCUGGCACGAGCUCAUCGCAACCUCGGCACUCUUUCAGAACCCACUUUUUGACCAUGGAGGACCCGACUACUACAACUAUGGAAGUAUCGGUUCGUUAAUCGCCUCUCACCUGAUACAUUCUGUUGACCUAAUUGGCAACCAAUACAAGCUCGACGGCAGCAACUUAGGCACGUGGUGGAGUAAUCAGACGUUUUACAACUACAAGGAGAUCCAUCAGUGUGCUGUGGAUGCGCAGAAAGGUCUCAUCAUUGGGCCUUUUACUUUAGGAGAUAAUCAGUACACGGUCAACGUCUCCAGCUAUGCCACGGUACACGCCCCUCUUAUGUUGGCGGAUACAAGCGGAUUAAAGUUAGCCUACAGGGCUUACAAGAAACUGAUAUCUGAGCGGGAGGAAGAGAAACUACCUGCAGGUAUACACAAGUACACGAUCGAUCAGAUGUUCUUUGUCGCCUACGCUCAGGCGAACUGUCAAAACACGGCCGAUAUGUUGAAGCUGACAAGAGUUCUGUCCCGUGUGUACCCAAGUAAAGAGAGGGUGAAUCUGGCAGUGUCCCAGCUACCAGAGUUUAGACAAGCGUUUCAGUGUAAAGAAGAGGAACCAAUGGCACCAAAACAAACGUGUACUCUGGUCUAGUGAGAGGUCAAGGUGCGACUGUUGUGGGUGGACUAGAGGUCAACAUGCGACUGUUGUGGGUGGACUAGAGGUCAACAUGCGACUGUUGUGGGUGGACUAGUGGUCAACAUGCGACUGUUGUGGGUGGACUAGAGGUCAACAUGCGACUGUUGUGGGUGGACUAGAGGUCAACAUGCGACUGUUGUGGGUGGACUAGUGGUCAACGUGCGACUGUUGUGGGUGGACUAGAGGUCAACAUGCGACUGUUGUGGGUGGACUAGUGGUCAACAUGCGACUGUUGUGAGUGGACUAGAGGUCAACAUGCGACUGUUGUGGGUGGACUAGUGGUCAACGUGCGACUGUUGUGGGUGGACUAGAGGUCAACAUGCGACUGUUGUGGGUGGACUAGAGGUCAACAUGCGACUGUUGUGGGUGGACUAGUGGUCAACAUGCGACUGUUGUGGGUGGACUAGAGGUCAACAUGCGACUGUUGUGGGUGGACUAGUGGUCAACGUGCGACUGUUGUGGGUGGACUAGAGGUCAACAUGCGACUGUUGUGGGUGGACUAGUGGUCAACAUGCGACUGUUGUGAGUGGACUAGAGGUCAACAUGCGACUGUUGUGGGUGGACUAGUGGUCAACGUGCGACUGUUGUGGGUGGACUAGUGGUCAACGUGCGACUGUUGUGGGUGGACUAGUGGUCAACGUGCGACUGUUGUGAGUGGACUAGAGGUCAACAUGCGACUGUUGUGGGUGGACUAGUGGUCAACAUGCGACUGUUGUGGGUGGACUAGUGGUCAACGUGCGACAGUUGUGGGUGGACUAGAGUUCAACAUGCGACUGUUGUGGGUGGACUAGUGGUCAACAUGCGACUGUUGUGGGUGGACUAGAGGUCAAAGUGCGACUGUUAUAAGUGAGCUUGCUGAAUUCCUUAGUGUGUACGUUGAAGCCUGGGAAUUUUCAAAAAAACGUCGACCUUAUAAGCUUGGAAUGUGUGUGUUAGUAUUUUUCUAUGGUGAAAUGUUAUAGUUUCUCAGAGGCGUAGCUAGGCUUGGGGAAAAGGGGCUGCCUACGUCUGAAAUACACUAUGUAAAUAUGUUACGAAAAUUUGAACAUAUAUAUAUAUAUAUAUAUAUAUAUAUAUAUAUAUAUAUAUAUAUCUGGAGAAAAUACCAUGUAGUACUGAGUAAUACAACAAAUUGUUCAAAAACUGUUUAUUGUUUGGUAAUACAAGGAAAUAUAUUUUUGUAAAAAAAAAAUUGACUUGCCCUUGCCUCCUUACCCCCCCCCCCCCCAAAUUAUCCCCCUCUCCUCAAAUCUAAACCCUAAUACAUGAAGUCUAACGAUGUUAUUCAUAUAAUUCCCAACCCUUUACCAACCUAUAUUUUCUAUCUUCGACAUCUACUGUUUUUAAGUAUAGGUGUUCAAAUUUUCGAUGUUUAAUUAUUCUGUGUUACAAUAAAUUUGCAUAAUAAUACACGUGCAUUAGUGCUGAGAGUUAUUUCCCCUGAACAUGCGCUGCAUUCACAACAUUAAACUAUUUAUAUACCAUCAGGUUUUCCCGGUCUUAAAAUAAACCCUCGGUAUCGCCAAAGUUUUAUGAAUGAACUAACAAGUUGAUUUGUGUUGCUGUUUUUAACAUUCCUUUGUUAUUAUACACUGAAAAUGUAUUAUAAAUGUUUUGUUUUUACUUUUAAGUAGUUGUUAUGCUAUAUUUAGAAUAUAUAUAUAUAUAUAUAUAUAUAUAUAUAUAUAUAUAUAUAUAUAUAUAUAUAUAUAUAUAUAUAUAUGCAUAAAUUUAUAAUAAGUGGCGUCACUAGGUCGAGUGUCACCUGGUGCUGUGAGUGAGGGUGUCACCCCCCUCCCCUCCAACAAUUAUAUAUUUUUGGUUUGGUGUCGACCCCAUUCCCCUGCAUUUUUUUUUGUAUUCUACCUGGAUAAAACAUUGUUUGGUCAGUAAAUUUUACGAUUCUUGUUCGUGGGGAAACGAUGUCACCCGGUCCGCACCGCCUUGUAACGCCAAUAUAUAUGUAUAUAUAUAUAUAUAUAUAUAUAUAUAUAUAUAUAUAUAUAUAUAUAUAUAUAUAUAUAUAUAUAUAUAUAUAAAAGAUCAUUUGUUGAAUGGGUCAAUGCGGGUGUGUGUGGGUGUGUAUGGGGGCGAAAGGGGCGUGCUGGGGGCUUGAUACUCACAUAUGAGAAUCCCAAUCAUCUGCCGAGUAUUUAUUUCUUAAAAUCAACACAUCUGAAAGACAUCUGAGCAAAAAUAACUAGAACAAAAACAACAGUGCCACUAUACAGGCAAGUCCUCACUUUAUAGGGCUUAAUGAGCAUAUAGCCCCCUCCCCACCCCUUAGACGCCCAUCGCACGCUCUUGGUCAUGCUUAGACUUAAAGCUUAUUAUAAUAUAAAUAAUAAUCUAAUUUUGCGUUUAUACUUUUAUACACUUCCAUUUUGUAGAGUUUAUAUUUUGUUAUAAGAGCUUGUUACAUUUGUAGCCCCUAUAUUCUAAAAUAUACUACAUAUUUAAUAUAUUUUUAUAAUCUUAUUAAUGUCUUACUGUAUUAUAGAAAUUAUUUGUCUUUCUGUACGAUAAAUGUCUUUCUGUAUUAUUUUUAGAUUUGCUGAUUUAGCGUGUCUAAAAAUGUUACCCAGAUUUUGUUUUCAUGAAAUGCCAAAAUUUAUAUAAUUGAAUAAAAAAUAUUUGGUACUUUU